AUGCAUGUAUUUGUUCUCGUCGCCCUCUUCCUGUCGGCGCCUCCUGUCACGAAGACAUAUGCUAGCCAUAAAGCGAACCUGUUCGCAAGGGAAGUCAGUCCUGACGGUUCCUGUGGUGGCACAACUGGGUAUAUUUGCCCCGACACGGAGCCUUGUUGCUCGAAAUAUGGCUAUUGUGGCAACACAAAUGAGUACUGUGGCAUUGAUUGCCAACCCGCCUUCGGUACCUGUCCGGCCACAUCUACUGGUACAGUAAAUAUCCCUCGUCCGCACAUAGGGCAAGUCCCCUAUGGAGAGGUCAUCGAUUCUUGCGCCCAUUCCGGCGAUAUUGCCUUAACGUUCGAUGAUGAUCCCUACCUCUACACAUCCGACCUGUUGGAUCUCCUUGCACGUUACGGGGUGAAAGCCACCUUUUUCGUUGUGCGAAACAACGGCAACGGUGCUAUUGAUGAGGUUGCUGCAUGGAAGUCCGCUAUCCAGCGCAUGGACCCUGAGGGCCACCAGGUUGGCUCCCAUACCUGGAAUCAUCCAGACCUGACCACACUAUCCUCUGCCCAGAGGAGAGACCAGAUGUACCAAACCGAACAAAGCAUUUGCCAACAUUCUCGGAAAGGUGCCCACCUACAUGCGACCGCCAUACUUGAGCUUUGA